CUGAAGAUGGCGACGCGCAUCCCGAUUGCCUUCCGCCGCGGCCCGCGCACCAAGAAGAAAUCCAUCGACCUCAUCAAGACCUGGCACAUCUUCCGCGGUGAUAAGGUCGAGAUCAUCGCCGGACCGCACAAGGGCACGCAGGGCGAGGUCGUGAGCGUCGCCCGCGACCUGAACAAGGUCAUCGUGGAGAAUGUCAACAUGUCGCACCGCUACGUGAAGGCGACGCCUGCCGCCUCCGGCCGCUCGUACCUGUCGCCGUCGCCCAUCCACUACAGCAACGUGAACCUGGUGGACCCGUCCAUCGGCAAGCCCACGCGGAUCGCCAUCCGCUACACGGACGAGGGCGAGAAGGUGCGCGUGUCCAAGAAGACGGGCACCAUUAUCCCCAAGCCGGCCAUCCUCAAGGAGCGCCACAACCCGCG